GUUAUAUUAGCAUCAAGGAACUUAAUCUGCCAUCGCCUGUAGACCUACACACAUGAGAUUUUCGAUUUACUCUAUUUUUUCGGCAGUGGUGCUAAUACUUAAUGCGUUAGCUAUUCUAUCUGAAAAGCGUUUCCUUGUCAAGUUCGGACUCUGCGCUCACCAAGCACUUUAUCAACAAUCACAGCCACCAAGAUCAGUUUUUGGUUCAGAUACCGCUUCCCAGGUUACUACUGGAGUUUCUUUUGAUUUAAAAGAACGCACUGAGAAUCGUAAUAGUUAUACCAAUGAUAGCAAUCCGAUUAAACCCCCAGGAGGGACCAAGUUGCAAAUUGCUGCUCUCUUGAGUUCAGUGAGAACCUUAUUGCGCUGGCCUCUCAUCUUUGCAAAUACCUUGCUUAUUGUGUUUGCUAUUAUAAUGGGAUAAACCAUUUUUCAUUCCGGUUCAUACUGUUCUGGAGCAUGAUGUUACAUGCGCGUAGUGUACAUGAGUGAUUAAUUGUGAAAGCGUUCUCGCUCUUGGCGUGAUGUUGUGGCAUGUAUUUGAACCCCCUCCAAAUAUAUUUACCCCCUCGUAUAGCUACUCAUUUGUUUUAAGGGACCUGUACUUGGGUCAAGAAAUGUCUCACCAUGCCGUAUGGUGUGAAACUGUUCAUUGGGGUGUUUAGACAAGUCAGAUUCGAGUUCGUUAUGCUGGUGGGAACAAACA